AUGGACACGGAGAAAGAUAAACCAGACGCCGGGUUGAGAUCCCUUGAUCAUUAUAAAAUCAAGCUUCCCAGAUGGCGAUAUCUGCUUCGAGAGCGGCUUCUGCCAAUCGUCCGCUGGGAGACGCCCUAUGUCGCCUGGCUGCAGGACACUCUUCGAACGCCCGCACUCGACACCUAUUUUGCGAUGACGGCGAACUUGGGCACCCACACAUUCUUCAUGAUUAUGCUGCCCGUUCUGUUCUGGUGCGGACAUACGAGCGUAGGAAGAGGAAUGGUCCAUAUUCUUGCCUCUGGUGUCUUCUUCAGCGGCUUUUUCAAAGACUUGCUCUGCCUUCCGCGACCCCUUUCGCCGCCGCUGCAACGAAUCACCAUGUCGGGCUCUGUGGCACUUGAAUAUGGCUUCCCUUCUACCCAUUCCACAAACGCGGUUUCGGUUGCCAUUUAUUCACUCUAUCUCCUCCAGCACCAAGACAGCCACAUGAACCCUCAGUUCCACCUGGCUCUACAGGUCCUCAGCUACUUCUACGCCUUUUCCAUUGUCCUCGGUCGUCUCUACUGUGGCAUGCACGGCUUUUUCGAUGUCAUCUGGGGCAGCCUCCUCGGAGCAAUCCUGGCGCUGGUGCAAUGUCGUUGGGGCGCCGAGUUUGAUGACUGGCUCGUUGCUGGUAAUACCAAAAGAGUCGUGCUUGUUGUCUUGAUUAUAUUGGUCUUGGUUCGAAUCCACCCUGAACCGGCGGACGAUUGCCCCUGCUUCGACGACAGUGUCGCCUUUGCCGGGGUGAUGAUCGGUUGUCAGUACGCUGUUUGGCACUUCGCGGAAACCUCGUAUGCAUGGUCGUAUCCCACAAAGGGCACUGUUCCCUUUGAUCUGGAGAAGAUGGGCUGGGUAGUGGUUGUCUUACGCAUUCUCUUGGGCGUGCUCAUCAUCUUUGCAUGGCGAGGCGUGAUGAAACCGACCCUACUCAAAAUCCUUCCGCCAAUCUUCCGGAUCAUCGAGAACCACGGUCUGACAUUACCCCGGCGUUUCUUCAAGCCUGCCUCACAAUAUGAGACCAUCCCACGACAAGAGAACGAUGACAACGUCAUCCCCCAGGCACGGGAUAUUCCACAUCUUUUGUCGUCCUUUCGACGAAGAAGGGCAGUGUCGGUCGGCCCGCAGUCCGAAGCUGAUGCAUACGAGACCCUGGCAUACCGCAACAAGAAAAGACGGGACAGUCUGAAUGCUGCGGGAUCACCGAGUCCAGCGAAAGAACCCUCGCCGGAGCCAAGCCAACAUCAGUCUGAUGUGACGGCGGAGAAAAACCCUUCGAUUCGUACGCGAAAGAGGUCGAGCAGCCUUGAAAUGUUCCGAUCGCAGAUGGGUGAGGGUGUGGAGGGGUUUUCUCCCGCCCUGGCUAGUUCUCCUGAAGGUGGGUGUACACCCAGUGCGCAGGAGGUGCAAGAGAUGGACGAGCUGCAAGAGAGAAGAAUAUUCUCGAGUAUCCAGAAGCCCCGAGUGCGAUACGACGUCGAAGUGGUGACAAAGUUGAUUGUCUACUCUGGGAUUGCAUGGUUAGCAAUCGAGGGCAAUCCCAUCGUGUUCCAACACUUGGGACUGGGGGUCGAGUGA